AUGGUAGCAACUCUAGAGGACCACCAGCACCAGCACCAGCCCGAUGGCGACCACAACUACGGUUCCAGCACUACCGAACGGUUCUAUCUCAAGUGCGAUCUCAAGGGCGCCCUCUUUGUCCUGAUAACCUUGACGCUCCAUGACCUCCUAGCAACACAUGUCUACUACAUUGUUGUACACAACGAUACUUCCACUCCGUUAUCGUUGUCCUCUUCAGCGUGGGGUAUCAGGAGCAAGAGCAAGAGCAAAUUUCGAUCCGUUAACGAAUUCCGCAACGGAGACAACGCCAGGACGGUCAUGAUAGGAAGGGCGGUAGCAACAAAAGGACCAGGACCAGGAGGAAAAGGGCGUGAUAUUUCAGAGAUUGCAAUGUACGCGAGGCUGCGGAUGGUCGCCAACCAAAGAAAGGAUAUCCGCGUCUAG